AUGACCCACAAUCCUAACCCCGCCUCCACCCAAUCCGAUGCGGGAAAGGCAUCCAGUCACAACAUGUCUCACUCCGGUAGUCACAGCUACAACCUCCCAAAUCCAGGUCCAAACCAUCACCACCCAAAUCACCAUCCACAUACAAGUCCAAACCACCACCAUACGCAUACAAGUCCAAACCACCACCAUACGCAUUCAGGUCCAAAUCAUCACCAUCCGAUCCACAGUUCCGUCGGGCCUCCUGGUCCAAGGGGCCUCCAGGGUCCCGUGGGUCCCGGGGGGUGCCCAGGUACACCGGGUACACCGGGUACACACGGUACAGUAGGAGCAACGGGGGUACCCGGGGUACCCGGAGCCACCGGAGCAACAGGUGCACACGGUAAUCCGAGUGCCGUUGGACCGGAGGGGGCCACGGGAACUACUGGAACUCCCGGUAACGGGGUUGAGGGGGUCCACAUUGACGACACUGGCGCGCUGAUCGUUUCCUACACAGACAACUCGUCCCACAGUGUGGGUGUGGUGCGACCGGUAUUUAACACGCUCGUCGACGACUCGGGGGCGCUGAUUUUCGAAAUGCCCGACAGGAACACGGUCGACGUUGGCAUUGUCAGGGGACCGGGAUUUACGCGCGCCGGACUCAAAGCGGAUGGCUCACUGGUGCUUGUGGGUACCGACGGGAUCGGGCGCAACCUAGGCAAGGUUGUGGGGGCUGGUAUUCCCGACAUUAGCAUGGAAUGUGGUAGUGGACGGCUUACGUUCCACCUGUCGAAUGGGACCACAUACACUGUCGACGUGCGAGAGGGGUGA